CAUGUGGUUUUCCUCAAGAUGUUGUACAAAACAUCUUUGAAGUCAUUGAAGAUUGUCUCAUGGCUAAUUUGCUUACACUGUUUUUUGUCAUGGAGGUCAUAGUGAGUGGUUUCACAUUUGGAGUAGAUGACUUAAACAUGAAUUACUACUUAUUUAGCUGCCCUUUUGUUGAUCCUAUUGUUAAGAACAAAGUCAGCACAGCUCUGCAGAAUGAUCCCACCCUAGCAGCUGGUCUUAUUAGAAUGCACUUCCAUGACUGUUUCAUAGAGGGAUGUGAUGGAUCUGUUCUGCUAGACUCCACUAAGGAUAACACCGCAGAAAAGGAUUCACCUGCAAAUUUGAGCUUGAGAGGCUACGAAAUCAUAGAUGACAUCAAAGAAGAGCUCGAAAAGCGGUGCCCUGGAGUCGUUUCUUGCGCUGAUAUUGUUGCUAUGGCUUCAAGAGAUGCAGUUUUCUUUGCUGGGGGUCCAGUGUAUGAUAUACCUAAAGGAAGAAAAGAUGGAACAAGGUCUAAAAUUGAGGAUACUUUCAAUCUGCCAGCCCCUUCCUUCAAUGCUUCUGAUCUCAUCAGAAUGUUUGGGCAACAUGGGUUCUCUGUAAGAGAUGUGGUGGCUCUCUCUGGAGCUCACACAUUAGGAGUAGCAAGGUGCACAUCUUUCAAGAACAGACUAACCCAACAAGACCCAACAUUGGACACAGAGUUUGCAAAGACACUCUCCAAAACAUGCAGCGCUGGUGACAAUGCUGAACAAUCCUUUGAUCCCACAAGGAACGAUUUUGACAAUGCCUACUUCAAUUCUCUGGUCUCAAACAACGGGGUUCUCACAUCAGACCAAACACUGUACAAUAGCCCCAAAACUAGGAACAUCGUGAACACUUAUGCAAUGAACCAGGCCUUGUUUUUCCUGGAUUUCCAACAGGCAAUGGUGAAGAUGAGCUUGCUCGAUAUCAAAGAAGGUUCUAGGGGGGAAGUGAGAAAAAAUUGUCACAAGAUAAAUUGAGUUGUGGGUCUGUGAGUGUAUGAAGUAGGAGAGUUUUGUUGUUCACUUGUUCAAGAAAACUCUAGAAAGUUACCAUUAGUUUACAGUAUCUGAUCUAUGUUAUCAGAAAAAUGUGUAUGGUUUGCUCUAUCUAUAUUAUUGUAAUUGUUGCAGGACUGGAAAAGAGUAGAGUUACUCUUACAUUUAUAAAUCAACCCUCUAUCAUAUAAAUUAAAUUACUCUUUUUAAAGAGCGAGACUAUAUCUUCCGAUGUAUCAAAAGAAAAAAAAAGAGCGAGACUAUAUUGAUUUCUACUA